UAUUAUACAUAUUCUGAAUAUCUUCCAUUAGUACUUUUCAAAAUGAAAUGUCCUACAUUUAAUGGUUAUUUUUGACUUUGAGAGUCUGUGCUUGAAGGUGAACCAACAGAGUUGGUGCCAUCUAAGAGCUUGAGUGAGCCGAUGCAAACGCUGCGUACUCUAGCUAGAGCAUUCUAUAAUUAUGUUCGUCUCCAGGUUUGAGAAUCUUUUAUAAUAUAAAUUAACGCAUGAUGCAUUUUCCUUCUUUUUUUAAAACCAAUCCAAACUCAUCUCCCAUCAUCUAAAGCUGGAGCUCAUCAUCUGCAGUCCAAACUUCAACUACUAUGGACUUUAACCCCACAUGCUGAGCACAACAAAAUUGACUGAACCACGUGGGAACUUUGUAGUUCAAACAAAAUAAACAGACGAAAGGUUGAAGACAAGACAAUAUUGCUUCUAUAUUAUAUUAUAUUAUAUUUAUAUAUAUCACACUAUCGUUUCAUUUCAUUUGUGUGAGGAAAACAGAUUGAAAAUUACAAGAAGAAUGGGAACUUAUAAUGAGAAUACUCCUUUGUUUGAAACAAAAAGAGCUAAGGGAAGAGUUAUCUACAGGCUCUUUACAGUGACUCUGUUUAUGGCUAUAUGUUUUAUAUGGGCGUAUAGAGUUCUCAACAUACCAAGAGAUGGUGAAAAUGGGAGAUGGGUUUGGAUUGGUUUGCUUGGAGCUGAACUAUGGUUUGGUAUUUACUGGAUUCUCACUCAAGCGCUUAGAUGGAAUCAACUCUAUAGGUCCACCUUCAAGCACAGGCUUUCUCAAAGGUACCAUGAGAAUGAGUUGCCUGGAGUAGAUGUAUUUGUAUGCACAGCAGAUCCCAGAAUAGAACCGCCAAUAAUGGUGAUAAACACUGUUUUAUCAGUGAUGGCUUAUGAUUAUCCUUCCAAGAAGCUUAGUGUAUAUCUUUCUGAUGAUGGUGGAUCAGAUUUAACGUUUUAUGCUCUUUUGGAGGCAUCUAAGUUUGCAAGACAUUGGAUACCUUAUUGCAGAAAAUUCAAAGUGGAGCCAAGGUCACCUACGGCUUAUUUUGUUACUAUUCCUAGUAGUCAACACCAUCCUAAUCAGAUUAAGGAGUUGGAGCUUAUCAAGAAAUUGUAUGAAGAAAUGAAAGAUCGAAUUGAAAAUGCAACGAAGCUAGGUCGAAUUCCAGAAGAAGCACGCUUGAAACACAAAGGGUUUUCGCAAUGGGAUUCAUCCUCUUCGCGGCGUGAGCAUGACACCAUUCUUCAAAUUUUGAUAGACGGGAAAGAUACAAAUGCUACAGAUGUUGAUGGGUUUACAUUGCCUACUCUAGUAUACCUUGCCAGAGAGAAAAAAGCCCAGUAUCCCCACCAUUUCAAAGCUGGGGCUAUGAAUGCUUUGAUAAGAGUAUCAUCAAAUAUUAGCAAUGGAAAAAUAAUUCUCAAUCUAGACUGUGAUAUGUACUCAAACGAUUCAUUAUCCAUAUGGGAUGCACUCUGCUUCUUCACGGAUGAAGAAAAUGGCUAUGAGAUUGCUUUUGUGCAGUUUCCCCAAAGCUUUGAAAAUGUUACGAAGAAUGACAUAUACUGUAGUUCACUUCUAGUAAUUAGUAAUGUGGAGUUCCAUGGUAUGGAUGGUUUUGGGGGCCCUGCGUAUGUUGGAACCGGCUGCUUUCAUAGAAGAGAUACUCUUUGUGGAAGAAAAUUCACUGAAGAUUGUAAGAUUGAAUGGAAGGGAAAUGAAGACCAUAUAAGACUAAAGAGUACAGAAGAAUUAGAAGAAGAAACAAAGCCUCUUGCAAGCUGUACUUAUGAGCAAAACACACAAUGGGGAAAUGAGAUGGGAUUGAAAUAUGGUUGUCCAGUUGAAGAUAUAAUUACAGGGUUGUCAAUCCAAUGCAAUGGGUGGAAAUCGGCUUAUUUCAAUCCUAAAAGGAAAGCAUUCUUGGGAGUUGCUCCAACCAGCUUGUCUCAGACACUAGUGCAGCACAAAAGAUGGUCCGAAGGCGAUUUCCAGGUUUUGCUUUCCAAAUACAGCCCUGCAUGGUAUGCAAAUGGAAAAAUUAGCCUUGGCCUGCAACUGGGUUAUUGCUGCUAUUGUUUUUGGGCUUCAACUUCUUUGCCAACUCUAUAUUACACUGUCAUUCCUUCGCUUUGUCUAAUGAAAGGCGUAGCCUUGUUUCCACAGGUGUCUAGCCUAUGGUUCCUACCAUUUGCUUAUGUGAUAUCUGCCAAGUACAUCUACAGCCUAGCUGAGUUUCUUCUGUGUGGAGGCACAAUCCUCGGAUGGUGGAACGACCAGAGAAUAUGGCUAUAUAAAAGAACAAGCUCCUAUUUCUUUGCCUUCAUUGACACAAUUUUAAAGAGACUAGGAUUUACCGAGUCAGGAUUCGUAAUCACUGCAAAAGUCACUGAUGAAGAUGUGUCACGACGGUAUGAGAAAGAGAUAAUGGAGUUUGGAGAUUCUUCUCCAAUGGUCACUGUCUUAACUACUGUUGCAAUGCUCAAUUUAUUCUGUUUUGCUGCAGUUGUGAAGAAAGUGAUAGUGAAAGAGACUAUUAUAAGACUCGAUGAGUUAAUGUCUUUGCAAUUUCUUCUUUGUGCUGUUUUAGUUGUAAUAAACUGGCCUUUAUACCAAGGCCUUUUCCUGAGGAAGGAUGAGGGCAAGUUGCCAAGUUUUCUAAUAGUUAAAUCAUUUGUAUUAGCUCUUCUUGCCUGUACCAGCUUCACUCUUCUGUAUUGAAUUGCUGCAUAUCAAAUGACAAAGCAUCCACAAUAAAGCUAAGAGAUUGAUAUAUCUGA